AUGAAUACUUAUAGUCCGUCUCGCUUCCAUUUCUCACACACAGGGAUCUACCUGCUGGACAUGAUUUACAUCGACUCGGCCUAUCCUGCAUCUGACAGCAUCAUUGAGACUGAGCAGAGAACCAAUCAGAUGAACAACAUCCUGCGGGUGAUCUCUGACCUCCAGAUGUCCUGCACAUACGAUCACCUCGUGACCCUCUCGCAUGUGCAGAAGUACUUGAUGUCUGUUCGCUACAUCGAGGAGCUUCAGAAGUUCGUGGAAGAUGACAAUUUCAAACUGUCUCUGAAAAUUGAACCAGGGAACAGCUCGCCACGCAUGGCCACAUCCAAAGAAGAUCUUGCAGGUCCGUCUGAGUUGUGUUUAUCGGUCAGGUAUAAUCGACGGCCCACUUGCCCUGACGCCACUGUGGGGGUUCAUAUUCCCACCCCGCCGCCCUCACACCACAGGAAGAGCCACAGCCUCGGAAACGCUAUGAUGUGGCAUUUCGGUGUGGUGGAGAGUAAAAGUGCGACGUUCCCCACAGAGAAACCACGUCACCUGCUGGACGACAGCUUCCUGGAGUCCCAGAGUCCAGCGAGGAACAACCCACACAGCUCAUCCGUGUCCAACGGCAUCUCUAUAGGCAGCAGUCAGAGUUCGUUCUGUGAAGAUCUUUCUCCGGGGCUCGAGAGGGGCCGCAUGUACGUGACUCUGGGCCCUAACUGGAGGGUUCCUCUCCGCAGCCAUGCCCACAGUCCGUCAGUAGCAGAGUCCAGUCUGGCUCACGGAGAGUCGGGUGGAGUCACGAUGCAGGGGCCGCUGAAGAGGAAAACCCUGCUGAAGGAGGGCAGGAAACCCAAGCUUGCCUCGUGGACGCGGUAUUGGAUCACACUUUGUGGUUCCACUCUUAUAUUCUACGGAUCCAAAGCUCUGCGAGCCACAGAACGGAAACAUUACAAGUCUUCGCCGUGUAAGAAAGUGUGUGUUCUGGGCUGGAUGGUGGUGCUGCCGGAUGAUCCGGCUCAACCCAACAUCUUUCAGCUCAACCAUCCUGACAAAGGGAAUGUUUACAAGUUUCAGACUAGCGAUCGGUUCACUGCGAUCAUGUGGCACAAACACCUGGAGGAGGCGUGUCGGAGAAGAAGACCUCAGAUACCAGCGAAUCUCAUGUCGUUUGAGUAAACGGACUUGUGUAACUCUUGCCUGAAGACACUUAGAAGGUGCCAAAGGCCUACAGAGAUGGAGAAGGAUGUGUUUGGUUCAGCAAAAGGAUAAAAAAAUAGCAAAAAUCCUUCAUUAUUGAAGAUUCCACUGAGCCGCUGUACUCGCUCUGAUUCACUGGCCCUCCGUGAGCCGCCGGACACAUCUAACAUCACAAUGUCUGUUACAGAGCCGGACGAGGAGGUUUGAGCACUAGUAUGUGGGACUGUAGGAAGGGAGGGGAGUUUGGCCGUUCCAGCUCCAUGGUGUCUUUUCUAUGGAGACUUUUGGAUCUCAGGGUGUUUGUGUGGCUUCAGUGAAGAAACCUGAAGCUUGAGAUGGGCAUUUUUGUGGUGAUAUAUGUCAGUUUUAGAGAGAAAGAGAAAACAUGUCGCCUGUAGCAGAAGAAUAAAAAGCCAAACAAAUUAGCUCCUACAAAACAAACCACAGCCGGAUCAGGAAAAAAAUAUGAAAAAAGACUUAAACCAGCUAAUGAUACUCACUGGUUAAGAGCGGUUUAGUUACAGACUAAUCACAUCUCCUUCCAGCACAGUGAUUUUGAUUUCUGGUUAAUGUUAGGAUGUGGUGAUGCUGGCUGAAGGAGGUUUGUGAGUGUGACUUGUUUACAUCAGAGAUUCUGAAUCCACUUUCUGUUCUAGUCGUUUUAUACUCAUGAAAGCUUGUUUUGGGCUUUAAGUAUUAAAUAAUUAUUACACCUCUCCUGUCAAAUGAAGGUUUUGCUCACAACUUAAACCAGCUGAAAUAUGUAACAUCUGAUAGGUUUCCUUCUACAUUAACUGGAGAAUACAAUUUUUAUAACACGUAACACAAUCACUAUUAAAACCAGAGUUUAUUUUUCAUUUAGCCCAUCUCACAAAAACAAGAACUGCAUCUUUUGACUUACUGGGUAACUCUCACAAAACCUGUCAAAACAUUGUCCACGUCAUAUCUUACCCCAAAAGUGAAUAGAAAGAAAUAAGCAAUAAUAUUUUGCUUAAAGAAAGUUAAGCCUAUUUUUAAGGUAUUUAUAGGCUUAAAUAUAGGCUUGUGUUUUGACAUUAUUUUCAUGACAAUUAAGCACAUUUAACCCUCAAAUUCUCAUUA